AUGCGAAGGUUGAAGAAGCGAAGGGAGAAGAUCGAUAGAAAGUAUCUUAAGCAGCAGUUCCUACGGCAGGUGCGGUAUUCCGACGCCGGGGUCAGCGUACAGACUGAUCAGAGCUGCACUGUUCCCGAUAAUGACCGUGGCCUCUUCCAAAAUUCUUCUAUAUCCCUCCUUCCGCCGCUCGCGGCGGACUCGGAGCUGCCUUAA